AUGCGCCGCAGGCUCUCCGCUGCCCUCCUUAUCUCCCUCGCCGUCCUCUUCCUCUUCGCCUCCAUCUCUCUCCACCUCUCCCGCUCCUCCAUCUCCCGCUCCGACCUCGUCACCUGCUACCCCAUCCCCAGCCCCACCUCCGAUCUCAUCCGCGAGCUCCAGUCUCCUCCGUCCAUCCACGUCAACGUCGACCCCAUCUCCACCGUCGCCGUGCUUCUACCUGACUGGGAGAUCCUCGUUAUUGUCUCGCCUGAGACUCCGCUCUCCGCCGGCCACCACGGUUAUGUCUGCGUGUUCCAGAACAACUACACCUCCGAUGCUAAACUCGCCGGGAUUCUGCCGUCGAGGAACCGGACGGCGUUCUACUGCCUCAUGCCGCGGAGAGUCAAGCGCCUCCGGCCGUUUCUCCAGCCGGCCUUGUCCACGAGGUUGCAUCACAUCAACACCAACAAACAUGCACCGGAGCUUUUCCGGUGGACGUUUCUCGUCUACGAGUCCUUCUCCACCGUAGACGACGUCGUUCUCUUCGCCAAAGGCCUCAACAACCGCCCCGGCGUCAACCGCCCUCCGAGCGAGUUCCGGUGCGUGUUCGGCGAUAACGCCGUCAGAACCGCCGUCACGAGCUCUUCUCAAGAAGUCUUCCGCUGCCAGCACCCGGACCUGACGGCGUUAAACGACGCCGUCAACGCCACGACUAUCUCACUGGAAAUCGUCGAGAAGAAUCAGGUGGUCCCCUCCGUGGCUUAUUACACCUCCCCCAAACGACGUCGGAUUAUUAGCGGCAGCGAUCUUAUCGCGGGGCACACGCAACCGAGUCACGAGCUGUGCGCGUGCACGAUGGUGUACAACGUGGCGAAGGUCCUGAGGGAGUGGGUGACAUACCAUUCUCGGAUCGGAGUCGACCGGUUUUUUCUUUACGACAACGACAGCGACGACGACUUGGGACACGUGGUGCGGCAGCUAAACCGGGAAGGGUUCAACAUUACGACGACAUUUUGGAUAUGGCCUAAGACACAAGAAGCUGGGUUCUCCCACGCUGCCGUGUUCGGCAAGUCGUUGUGCAAAUGGAUGAUGUACAUUGACGUCGACGAGUUUGUUUUCGCCCCGAAUGCAUGGAGCCAGGCUCCGGCGCCGGAGAGGCACAUGCUCAAGUCUCUGAUACCGAAGGAGCCGGAUAUCGGGCAAGUUUCGAUCCUAUGCAACGAGUUUGGCCCCUCGAAUCAGAAAACGCACCCAUUGGAAGGUGUCACGCAGGGGUACACAUGCCGGAGGCGGUUGGGGCGGUUGCAGCAGCGGCACAAGUCGAUUGUGCUGCUCGAGGCGGUUGAGCACUCGCUGCUCAACAUGAUACACCAUUUUCAGAUAAAGAAGGAGUUUAGGUCAUGGCAACUCAGCAUGGAGGAAGCUAUAGUGAACCAUUAUAAGUACCAAGCUUGGCCCGAGUUUCAGACCAAGUUUCGUAGAAGGGUGUCGGCUUACGUGGUGGAUUGGACUGAGAAGGUUAAUCCGGCAUCCAAGGAUAGAGCUCCCGGGCUAGGGUUUAAGCCGGUGAAGCCGAAUGGGUGGGAGGACAUGUUUUGUGAGGUUAGGGAUGAGAGGUUAACGAUGUUGACGAAGAAAUGGUUUGGUUCUCCUAGUAGUAGUAAAAUGGUGUGGCAAAGUUGAAUUCUUUGUUGCCAUAGAACAGGUAAAUGGCGUAGAUUGAUAUAAAUUUUGAAAUGAGAGAAUACAAAGCGGGUAAAUACCAAUCUGGUAAAAACAUGAAGCCAAUUAAGCAUAAAUUAGAAGUUGAAAAAGGUAGAGAAUAGUGAAGCUAGCAUAGGAUUCGUUAAUGCAACUUCAAUUCUUGUUGAUCUCUUUAUGGGUGUAUAUAUAUUCAUUUUCUUUUC